AUGAGAACACAUACUGGAGAGAAAACUUUCUAUUGUGGUAUUUGUGGACUAGGCUUUGACAAGACAAGAAAACUUUGUAAUCAUGUGAAAAAACAUAAAACUGAAAAACCUUACGAAUGUGCUCUUUGUGGAAAAUGUUUUACUUCAGCAGCUAAUUUUAAAUUCCACACAAGAACACAUACUGGAGAGAAACCUUUCAAAUGUAACAUUUGUGAACGGUGUUUUUCUCAUCAAAAUUCUCUUCAGAUGCACAUGAGAACUCAUACCGGAGAAAAACCAUACAAAUGUGAUGUUUGUGAAUGGUAUUUUCGACAUCCAAAUUCCCUCAAGUUGCACAUGAGAACACAUUCUGGAGAGAAACCUCACCAAUGUGACGUUUGUAAAAAACGUUUUAUAAGAGCAAACAAUCUUAAUGUUCACAUGAGAAAACAUACUGGAGAAAAACCUUACAAAUGUGAUGUUUGUGAAAAGUAUUUUAUAGAGUCUGAUAAGCUAAAAGUUCACAUGAGAACACAUACUGGAGAGAAACCAUACAAAUGUGAUGUUUGUGGAAAAUCUUUUGUAACUACAUCACAUCAUAAAGUUCACAUGAGAACACAUACUGGAGAGAAACCAUACACAUGUGAUGUUUGUGGAAAAUCUUUUACAACUGCUUCGCAUCGUAAAAUUCACAUGAGAGUACAUUCUGGUGAGAAACCAUAUAUAUGUGAUGUUUGUGAAAAGAGUUUUGCACAUGUAGUUAACCUAAAAGUGCACGCAAAAAUACAUAUGAAAAAAACUUUAAAAAACUUGUAA